CAGACUGACGUGCAGUUGGUUGCUCGUCAGUGUCUGGAAUUCUCUUCUUGUGAAUUAUUCAAGAUUAGCUGCCGCGUGGACCUUCUUGUGAAACUGCAUGACAGCUACGACAAGAUAGCUAUUCUACGUGAAUCGCCUGCCAACUAUUGAAACAAGUCACGGGGACGCCGUCGCUGAUAGGGCAACUCGUGCUUUCCUACCCCUACCCAAUACAUUAUGAUAACGUAUACGUGCGGUGCACACGUUUGCAUUAUCCAACCCUCAUUACUUAUUUAUUACCUGGAACAAAACGCUCUGCAAGUUCGUGGAAACAGACGCUCGCGUUUCAGCUUCAGGGGUUAACGUUCACACUGAAAACACAUAUGCAGUGACAGCUGUGUUGCAGAUUGAACCACAGUUAAGGUUUCCAGAUUUUCCACGCUUCCUGGUGCGAACAUUUCUACCAUGAGACGCAGAUCGAAGCUUCACUUGAUGUGGAUCCUCCCUAUAGUGGUUUGUCUAAUCUUUCUCGCCAUCCAUACACAGAAGACUCGACAACUUUUUCGAAUGAGUAAACAUGUGAGGAACUUAGAAGGCCCAUCGAAACCUUGCGUCCGUCAGGAUUCAGUGUACUUCCUCAAGGUCGCGAAGUGCGCGUCCACGACUAGCUUACAGAUCUUCGUUGCAUAUGGAGUCAAACACGGCCUGACUUUCGCUCUGCCUGUCCGCACUGGACCGAUACCUAUAUCAUCAAAGAAUUUGCCGCCAGAGUAUCAUGGGUCCCCCGACGGUCGCUACAACAUGGUAGUGUCACACACGCAGUUCAGUAAGGCAGGAGCACAGCAGGUAAUGAAAGAAUCGGCCAAAUAUGUCGCAGUUGUACGGGAACCAGCAGCUCGCUUUGAGUCUAUGUGGUAUUUCGCACAAUACGAAAAGAAACUGGGCAUCAGUCUUACUGCCUACAUCAACGCAUCGCAGCGUACAUCAAAGCAAAAUGCUAAACUGAACGUAAUUGCGAAUUAUUUUGGAGUCAGAGAUCCCCGAGAUGACGUGCCAGAAGGUGAGGUACUUAGCAAGGCGAAAUGGCUGAAUGAGAGCUUCGACCUGGUGAUGGUUGCCGAGAGGUUCGACGAGUCGCUGGUCCUUCUGAAGCACCUCAUGUGCUGGAACACCGAGGACGUCGCUUAUGUCAAUGCCAAGAUUCGGAGGCCCACUUACAGGGUUGAGCUCUCGGAGGCGCAGAAGAACAGGCUUCGGCAGCUGAACAGGCAGGAUGUUCUUCUGUACAAGUUCUUCAGUAAAAUCUUCGAGGAGAAAGUCAAGGCUUUCGGCGAGGAAAGGAUGCAGAGGGAAGUCGAGGAACUUCGCCAAGCGAACGCUAGACUCAUCGACGACUGUGGAGCUGAACUCACUGGGUCAAGGGGGACUGUGAAAAUGUGGAAAGUAACGAACGACUCCAGUAUUUGCAAAAUGAUUACAAUGGAUGGACCUACUAUCCAUGAGCAGCUGAAGAACAGGCAGAAGAAAUGGGUAUCAAGCAACUUGACUUACGACCUAUCGACGUGGACCUUUACCUAAGUGAACAAUGGAAAUAUAUGGAAAAGAUAUAAGAAACUAAACGAGAAAGUUUUGUCACAUUUUAUUUUGAUACACUUAUCAUUUCCUUGCAUCAUUUCAUAUUAAUUAUAUUUGAGUUUGCUCUCCAUCUCCUUUCUAUAUUUCCUCAUUUGCACGAAGCUGGUUUUAAAGAUAUGAUUAUCAAGUCUCGCAUAAUUAAAGUAAUGUAAGGUUUGCAAGUGUGUUCAGUUCACCCCCUAAUUUGUGAUAGGAAUUAUAAUUGUUCCAGAAAUAUAAAUUAUAUGCUGAAUUGUCUAAUUUAGGUGACAUUAUUUCAAGGAUGAUAAACAAUACUUUAUAGAAAUAAUCAAGGUAAAAUAUAAGGAUGAAUCAGAAUUUAGUCAAUGAUAUCAGUGGCAAUCAAACAAAAAAUCAAUGUAGGAGCAAAAUGUAGAAGAAGAUAUCGUCGGACAUAGAGUAGGUGGAGGCGUGGUUCAUGGGCAGAAAUUGGAGGACCCGAGUCUUGAACUUUUGGUAAUUUGGAAAGUUUUUUUUCUUUCUUUUUUUUAAUAUAAAAAUGGGAGAAUCGAAAACCACCACCACAGAAGAGUGAUUGGACGUUUUUACGAACUUUGGAAAACUAGUUUUUAUGAAGCAUUCAGAGAAUUCAGUCAUGGAUGCACUCGUUAUAUAAUGGAAAGGGGAAAGGGCUCUUUUUACAAGUAUCAUCAAAAAGAAUUGGCCUUUGAGAUUGGAACAGGUCUCAUUUCAUUCAAGGAGACAGUGGUCGGGAUUUAGCCAUUCUUUGUUUCAUCAGUCACAAAAUACAACUGAAAUUACAACAGGAGGGACAAAUGUGAAUUUGAAGUUGAAAUUUAGGGUUGUAGUCUCACCUCUCCUCGCCUUGUAUUUGUUGACUAAUGAAAAUUAGACGGGGUUGCAUUUUGCUCAGAAACACAAUGGUAGGGACGUUUCAAUUCUACUUUUUUGGGGGGUAAUGAUGUCGCUUCUUGCUUUCAUGAGACACCAAGCAAUAAUCAAGAAAAGUGGAGUGCAAUGAGUGUAAUCCCAUAUAUAUUGGUCACUAAUGAUAAACAGAACAGUACUUUACUUGAGUAUCCCAUACCCCGUUCGAGUAUUUCCUAAUUUUUUCUCCAGGAUUCACGUUUCCACAUUCCACUUGGACACCAUACACCCCAGACACAUUUCAUCAUUAAUUAAUAACAUGACUGUUAAUAUCUCCAAAGCUAAUUAUCUUGUAAGUAUGAAGAGAGGUAU